AUUCAAAUUUUAAAGUUUUUGGCGCCAAUUAGGGUUUAUGGCUCGGUGCUGCCAGGGCCUUAGCGCAGCAGCGCCAGCGCCCGCGGCCGAUUUGCCCUCCAGUAGCAGCGGCGCGACCAGGCCCGCGCAUCUCGUCCGCCUCCUUCGCGCCGCCGGUGAUGAUCGAUUGCUCUCGCAGGGCCGGAGGAUCCACGCGCGCAUUGUCAGCCUCGGCCUCGAGGAGGAGCUGGGCAACCAUCUCCUGCGUCUCUAUCUCAAAUGCGAGAGCCUGGGCGACGUCGAGGAGGUCUUUUCUAGAUUGGAGGUCAGGGACGAGGCGUCGUGGACGACGAUCAUCACCGCCUACACAGAGCACGGCCAGGCCAAGCGCGCGAUCUGGAUGUUCCACCGGAUGCAGCAGGAAGGCGUGCGAUGCGACGCCGUCACGUUCCUCGCGGUGCUCAAGGCGUGUGCCAGGCUCGGGGAUCUCUCGCAGGGGCGAAGCAUCCACGCCUGGAUCGUGGAAAGCGGUCUAGAGGGCAAAUCGGUGCUCGCCAAUCUCCUCCUCCACAUCUAUGGUUCUUGCGGCUGCGUUGCGAGCGCGAUGCUUCUCUUCGAGAGAAUGGAGAGAGAUUUAGUCUCGUGGAACGCGGCAAUCGCAGCAAAUGCCCAGAGCGGGGAUUUGGACAUGGCGCUGGAGCUCUUCCAGAGAAUGCAGCUCGAGGGCGUGAGGCCCGCGAGGAUCACUCUCGUCAUCACCCUCAGCGUCUGUGCGAAGAUUCGGCAAGCCCGGGCGAUCCAUUCCAUUGUCCGGGAGAGUGGAUUGGAACAAACGUUGGUGGUGAGCACGGCUCUCGCGAGCGCGUAUGCCCGGCUCGGGCAUCUGGAUCAAGCAAAGGAGGUCUUCGAUCGAGCCGCCGAGAGGGACGUGGUGUCGUGGAACGCGAUGCUGGGGGCGUAUGCCCAGCACGGGCAUAUGUCCGAAGCAGCGCUUCUCUUCGCGAGGAUGCUCCACGAGGGGAUCCCGCCGAGCAAAGUCACGCUCGUCAAUGCCAGCACCGGCUGCUCGAGCUUGCGAUUUGGAAGGAUGAUCCACGCCUGCGCGCUGGAAAAGGGGCUGGAUCGAGAUAUCGUCCUCGGGAAUGCGCUGCUGGACAUGUACACGCGGUGUGGAUCGCCGGAGGAAGCUCGCCAUCUCUUCGAGGGGAUCCCUGGCAACGCGGUGUCCUGGAACACGAUGAUCGCUGGAAGCUCGCAAAAGGGUCAGAUGAAACGAGCGCUCGAGCUGUUCCAGAGGAUGCAGCUCGAGGGAAUGGCGCCGGUGCGAGCGACGUACCUCAACUUGCUCGAGGCGGUGGCCAGCAAUCCGGAAGAAGCUCGAGCGAUGGCCGAAGGGAGGAAGCUCCACUCCCGGAUCGUCUCCUGCGGCUACGCCUCGGAGCCUGCGAUUGGAACCGCGGUGGUGAAGAUGUAUGCGAGCUGUGGAGCGAUCGACGAGGCGGCAGCGUCAUUCCAGCGAGGAGCGAUGGAGGAUCGUCACGACGUUGUGUCCUGGAACGCGAUCAUCUCGAGCUUGUCCCAGCACGGCCACGGCAAGCGCGCGCUCGGCUUCUUCCGGAGGAUGGAUCUCCACGGCGUGGCUCCAAACCAGAUCACCUGCGUCGCGGUGCUGGAUGCCUGCGCUGGCGCUGCCGCACUGACGGAAGGAGUGAUCGUCCACGACCACCUCCGCCACUCGGGCAUGGAGUCCAACGUCUUCGUCGCCACUGCGCUGGCCAGCAUGUAUGGACGCUGCGGGAGCCUCGAGUCCGCCAGGGAGAUCUUCGAAAAGGUGGCGGUGGAGCGGGAUGUGGUGAUCUUCAACGCGAUGAUCGCUGCGUACUCCCAGAACGGGCUCGCCGGAGAAGCGCUCAAGCUCUUCUGGAGGAUGCAGCAGGAAGGAUCCCGGCCGGACGAGCAGAGCUUCGUGAGCGUGCUGUCAGCUUGCAGCCACGGAGGUCUCGCGGACGAAGGCUGGGAGAUCUUCCGGUCGAUGAGGCAGAGCUAUGGCAUCGCCCCCAGCGAAGAUCACUACGCCUGUGCCGUGGACGUGCUGGGACGGGCUGGCUGGCUCGCGGACGCCGAGGAGUUGAUACGAUGCAUGGACGUGAAGCCCACUGUCCUGGUGUGGAAGACGCUGCUCGGAGCUUGCCGGAAGUACCGCGAUGUCGAUCGAGGCCGGCUUGCAAACUCGAUGGUCCGAGAGCUGGAUCCUGGUGACGAGAGUGCCUACGUCGUCCUGUCCAACAUCCUUGCCGGAGCUGGAAAAUGGGACGAGGCCGCGGAAGUUAGAACCGAGAUGGAGUCGAGAGGACUGAGGAAGCAGGCCGGGAAGAGCUGGAUCGAGAUCAAGAGCCGGGUCCACGAGUUCGUCGCAGGUGAUCGGUCUCAUCCCAGGAGCGAGGAGAUUUACCGGGAGCUCGAGCGGCUUCACGCGGAGAUUCGAGAGAUCGGCUACGUCCCGGACACGAGGCUUGUUCUGAGAAAGGUGGACGAGGCCGAGAAGGAGCGGCUGCUGUGCCAGCACAGCGAGAGGCUCGCCAUCGCUCUGGGAGUGAUGAGCUCUUCCACUGACACGGUGAGAGUGAUGAAAAACCUUCGAGUCUGCGAGGACUGUCACAACGCAACCAAGUUUAUAUCCAAAAUCGUGAACAAAGAGAUCGUGGUGAGAGACACACACCGGUUUCACCACUUCGUAGAUGGAUCUUGCUCGUGCGGAGAUUACUGGUAAGGAGCUUUACUUGGACAUCUUGGCUGUGA